AAAUGCCAUGUCGUCCUACAAUCACAUGAUUUUCAGGGUAAAUUUUAAGAGAAGAUUCUCUUUGUUUAGACUUGUAAAAUUGUAUGUACGCGCUUAUGUACACGUAUUGCGUUUGAGUAUACAAGCUCGGCGCCGUACGUGAUAAACGCGGAAGGCAUGUGCGAUGGUGAAGCUAUUUAAGAAGCUCGCCUUCGUUCAGUGAUUCAAGCCGAGUUUGUGGGUGGAUAAAGUUUUCAACACUUUCGCGAUCGAAUCGCUUUGCGCGAAAGCUUCUGUAUUCUCUCCCGCCUCAUCCUCGCGAACCUUUCGAAAUUCCAGAAAUGCUCUCUCGAAGAGGCGUUUACGACUCCUAUCCCCUUUCCUUUGUUCUUUUGAGAAUCCAUCUCGAAUCCGCCAGAUCUGACGCUGGAACUCGGGUCGGGUCAAGCCAGUCUCGCUCAAUUAUUGCGACAGUGAUACCUGGCAAAUUCAAGGAUUCGAACAUAAGAUAAACGUAGGCGUCGCGGCGUCGCUUAGAAGCUUAAAACCGCAGGUAAACGAAAACAGAAAUGCCCGUUGGAGAGACGAUCCGGCGGAUAGAGACGUCCGACGCGCCUAAAAACGUCCGUGCGAAUAUGCGCUCGUACGUCACUUCUUGUUGGGAUUUGCAGACAUGCCGUGGUAAAUCGUCUAAAUAUUUUGGCUACUGCAGACUUCAUCAAAACUGCUCCGUGCAGUCGACUGCACCACGUGCGUCAGUUUCGUGCCGCUCGACGGUUCGCUGAGGAGCGUCGAUCAUUGUCAAGCUUAAUCCGACCUCACGUGUGUCCGUCGAAGUCCCUUCGAAUGUCAAAUCACGGCAGCGCCGACGGCAAGGGUAAUUGCGAGUCUCUUCGCCGACCCAGUCUCUCCGUAAAGAUGCAGCGCAGCCUGAAGAAAAUGAGAAAAAGCUUCAAAAGAAUUACCGAAAGCAUCCAGGAGGACGAUAAACAUUCGUUAUACAUUUUCCCCGAGCAACUGUCCACCUUGACCUGUCGCACCGGAUUUUCCAAGGACGAGAUUCGCAAACUGUAUCGCGCCUUCAAGCAGCUGUGCCCCAGAGGAUGCGCGACGUCCGGCGACUUGAAACCCGCGUAUUCCAAGCUGUUUCCGCUUGGCGACCCGGCCAGGUACGCGCAGAUCGUGUUCAACAGCUUCGACCGGGACGGCGACGGCGUAAUCAGCUUCAGCGAUCUUCUCGGAGCCAUGACAUUGAUCGUCAAUGGUAACGUGGACCAGAAGCUUUCCUGGAUAUUCGGGUUCUACGAUCUGAAUGGCGAUGGUUGUAUCACGAGGCAGGAGAUGUUGGUCAUAAUAUCCGCGAUUUACGAGAUGGUGCAGAAUACGCAGACUAUCCAGUCCGUGGUUGACAAACAGGUGGACAGGUUCUUUGAAAAGAUGGACACGGAUAGAGACGGCUUGAUCUCGAUGGAGGAAUUUGUGAGCAGUUGUAAAAAUGAUGCUAUUAUAUACAACCAGUUAUUCUUAUUUAACAAUAUCUGGUGAUGGAAUGAGAAUAAUCUUAAGAGCUUAAUG